UAGUAGCUCUCUCAUCACUUCCUUCGCUCUAUAAUUCGACACCCUUCUCCCCUCUCAGUCUUUAACUCACACAAGACCCGAAACAAGAAGCUAACGCUAAGCUAUCUCCAUUUUAAUUUUCAUGGCCACUCAACAUGAAAAUUAUGUACCAAUAGUUACUGUUACAAAGAGGGCGUCCGUAUAUCCAAAAACCGUUCACCCUCACAGAAUUCUCAACCUCUCUAGCUUGGACAGGCAGUGUCCUUUACUUAUGUACUUGGUUUUCUUUUAUAAGCCAUCUCAUGCUUAUGACAACUUGUCGCUCAACUUAGUUUUUAGCAGCUUGAAAUCCGGCUUGGAAGAGACCUUGUCCAUCUGGUACCCUGCAGCAGGUAGGCUGAACUUGAAUCCAAAUGAUGGAAAGCUCAAUCUUUGGUGCAACAACGAGGGUGCAGUUCUAAGUGAGGCAGUGACGCAAGUAAAGAUCUCAGACCUUGGAGACCUCUCGCAGUACAAUGAAUUCUUUGAAAAUCUGGUCUAUAAACCUGUUUUCAAUGGAAAUUUCUCUGAGAUGCCCUUGGUUGUUGCCCAGGUGACAAAAUUUGGCUGUGGAGGCUACUCAGUGGGCGUAGGCGCAAGCCACUCCUUAUUUGAUGGACCAGCCACCUUUAAUUUUCUGUGUGCAUGGGCUUGUAAUUCUGCAACUAUGAAAGAAAAGGGUAGGUAUGAGUUUCAAAAACCAGUCCAUGAAAGAGGGCCACUGGUACAGGUGGGUAAUUGCCACGCCCAAAAAUCCAACACAACGAGAGCAGCAGCAAUAGAUCAUCUAUAUCAGUUGAUACAACAAACGCUUGCUGAUCAUCAUCAGAAUCUUGCUAUACAUCACGGGCGGUUUGGAGAUCGAAACCCUAAUUACCUUCUAAAGACUUUUCAUCUGAGUGGUACGAUGAUAGAAAACCUGAAGAGGAAAGUACUGGGAGAGAAGAGAGGCAGCAGCUUCUCAUCAUGUUCAUCUUUUGAGCUACUCGCAGCUCAUCUAUGGAAGGUCAGGACCAAGGCUUUAGGAGUGAGGAAGGAAAGAAUGGUGUGCCUGCAAUUUGCCGUGGACGCAAGGAACAAGAUGGUGCCCUCACUGCCUAAAGGUUUCAGUGGCAAUGCUUAUGUUCUGGCAUCAGUCUCAAUAAGAGCCGGCGAACUGGAAGUAGAAAGCCAUGAAGCGAUAAUAGAGAAGAUAAAACAAGCUAAGAACUCUGUCAACAGUGACUAUGUGAAAGCAUAUAUGGAGGCACUUGAUGGACCCCAAGCUAAUCUCCCUCCUCUUAAUGAGCUCACAUUGGUUUCUGACUGGACAAGGAUGCCAUUUCACAAGGUUAAUUUUCUACAGGGAGACGCAGCCUAUGCUUGUCCUCUUGUCUCUCCAUUCCCUCAGGCUGCUUACUUUAUGCAGAAUCCAAUCGACUUCAGAGGUAUUGAUGUGAGGAUUGGCUUACCUCCACAGGCCCUGGAUGCUUUCUCCCACUACUUCCUCAUUAAUCUUUUAUAAACCUGAAGCAUCCUCCUUAUAUCUUUGUUUAGUAAUUAACUUGCCCUUUUUGCUUGAGAUGGGUAAUGGACUUUAGGAGGCAGUGAAGAUUAUAAGAAAAUGAUUACCACAGGUUGUAAUAAUGGUAUGUCAUACUCAGUUGUUGAAAAGCUAGUUUUUAGAUACAUGAUACAUAAUAAGGAACUGCCAUUUGUUAA